AUGGUGGCACCGGCCGCGCGCCUCGUGGCCCGCCGCCUCCUCGGCCUCGCUUCCGCGUCUGGGUCGGAAGUAAUCGGCCGUCGUCUAGCCUCGUCUCCGCACUCCAGGGAGGCAAAGAUUAACCUCUAUGUGAAUCGAGCGAAGGCGAACAAUGUAGUCAUGGAGAAAAGAGCCUUCGUGUUUUGCUAUAACCUGAAAGUGAUUUUGAGAAUGUGGAUUCAUUUUUUUUCCAGCAAACUUCACGGCUUUGAUUGGGCAGCAAAUGCCAUACAAGUCUUAUUCAAUGAUUUCUUAGCCACUUUACCACAGGAACAUGAUUCAGUGGAUACUAUUGAUAUAUGUGAGAUUGAUCAACUGGUUAUUGAUGUUUGCAAAGAAUUCUUUCCAAACUUAUCCAUUGGAUAUAAAGAUCCUCGUGUCCGACUUCAUGUUGGUGAUGCUGUUGAUUUCCUGAGGAAUUCUCCUGAAGGAAAAUAUGAUGCUAUUAUUGUCGAUUCAUCAGAUCCAAUUGGGCCAGCACAGGCACUCGUGGAGAAACCAUUUAUUCAGACAAUUGCUAGAGCUUUGAAGCCUGGUGGUGUUCUUUGUAAUCUUGCUGAGAGCAUGUGGCUGCACACACAUCUAAUCCAGGAUAUGCUUGCUAUCUGUCAACAGACAUUCAAGGGUGCCGUGCACUAUGCCUGGACAAGUGUUCCAACAUAUCCCAGGUCUUAUUCAAUGAUUUCCUAG